AUGUGGAGAGCAGGUCGGGCUUCACAGGUCCUGGACGGGGCUCUGCUGCUAGGUUUCGGGAAUUCGGGAUGGCCCGGGACGGACCUGCAUGAAGGCGUGCCUCCUGUCUCCCACUUCCUGUCCCUCCCCUCACUUCCUGUCUCCGCUUGGGCGCGGUUGCUCGAGAGGACUGCUUCCUCGGGGCUUAAAUACUGCACGAGGGGGCCUGGCGGGGUUGAGGGCCCCGAGGAGCCCCCGGCACGGGUGGGCCGCGCGGUGGUAUUGCUGAAGUUCACGCGGCGGCGCUGGAGCGUGCCGGGGCGGCUGAUUGAGGCGUCUUCAGAUGAGUCUCCUUCCCCUCCCCCUCAGCAGAGAAAGAAGAAAAAGAAGAAGGAGAAGCACAGAGACAGCUCAGAGAGCCGGUCGCCAUCCCCGCGCCGGGAGAAGAAGAGGUCAAAGAAGAAGAAGAAGAGAAGGUCGGGCUCUGUGCAGAAGGAGAACAGACACAGCUCUCCCAGUGCCUCUGACAGGCCGAGGUCCAAGGAGAAGAGGAAGAGGUCCGACAGUGGGACCCCUCCCCCAAAGAAACAUCAGAGAAGGAGAAGCCGCUCCUCCUCUUCAGACUCCUCCCCCAGCCAAUCCCCUGCUCCGCUCCGAGAGGUGCGGCCAGCUCAGCCCGCCAGACGAGCCGAUGAUGGAAGAGGGCGGUCCCCCGAAGGCAGGAAAGGGAGGGGCCAAGAGGCCGGGAGCCCACAGAGGUCACAGGUCAGAGAGAGAUCCCCGAGACGCUCCACUCCGCCCGAUAGAGGAGACCGGCGCAGGGACAGGGAACGGGAGAGAGACCGAGAGAGAGACCAGGGAAAGAGGAACGAGAGGAGGAGGCGGCACGACUCCUCCUCCUCCGCCUCUCCCUCCCCGGAUCGGGAGCGGCGCCAGCGCAGCAGGGAGCGGGAGGAGUCCCCUCGCGACCGAUCGAGCCGAGAGAGGGACAGGCGGGCAGACCGGGGGAGGGAGAGGGAGAGGGAGAAGGAGAAGGAGGACUCGCCCCGGCAGAGAAGGGACAGAGAGAGAGAGCGGCGGGCGAACGACAGGCACUCGUCGCCGGAGGCCUCCCCUUCCCCCCGCCGCUCGCCCCUCACCAACGGAAGGGGCAAAGAACGAGAGCGGGAGAGAGACCGAGAGCAGGAGAGAGACAGGAACCGGGAGAAGGAGAGGCAGAGGGACUUAGAGAGAGACCGGGAGAGGGAGAAGGAGAGGCAGAGAGAACUGGAGAGGGAGAAAGAGAGGCAGAGAGAACUGGAGAGAGAACGGGAGAAGCAGAGAGAACUGGAGAGAGAGAAGGAGAAGGAGAGGCAGAGAGAACUGGAGAGGGAGAAGGAGAGGCAGAGAGAACUGGAGAGGGAGAAGGAGAGGCAGAGAGAACUAGAGAAGGAGAAGGAGAGGCAGAGAGAACUGGAGAGGGAGAAGGAGAGGCAGAGAGAACUGGAGAAGGAGAAGGAGAGGCAGAGAGAACUGGAGAGAGAACGGGAAAGGGAGAAGGAGAGGCAGAAAGAAUUGGAAAGAGAACGGGAGAGAGAAGUGAAACAGCGGGACAGAGAGCAGGAACAAGAGAGAGGGGUGGAGAGAGAACGAGAGAGCAAGAGGACUCGGCUGAGCAAGACUUCCGAAGAACAGAACGAGAGGCACGGGGGCAGAGCGGAGGCCAAGGAGAAGAGCCACGUGCCGAGAGAGAGGAAGAAAGAGAGUGGGAAGGGUGUGGCGAUGGAGAAGUCGAAGGAGAAGGGAGACCGAGCUGCGACCCGGGGAAAGAAUGCCCGAGAUCAUAGCAGCGAUUCCAGUAGCAGCAGCAGCAGCACCAGCAGCAGCAGCAGCGGCUCUGGAUCAACUUCGUCGUCGUCCUCUUCCUCCUCCUCCUCUUCGUCUUCUUCGUCAUCCUCCUCCUCCUCUUCGUCGUCCUCGUCGUCUUCCUCCUCCUCCUCUGACGAGGAGGAAGAUGGGAAACGCAAGGCAGGAAGCGAGAAAAAGCCGGAGGACAAGACGAAGAAGAAGAGUCGACGGAAGGAGUCUGGGGAGGAACGCCCAUCGGCUCUCACAGCAACCUCUGCUCCAGCCCCGCUCCCGCCUUCUCCCCAGCUGUGGGACAGACCAUGCGGAGAGCGAGACUCUCCUGGGCGGAGAAGGGAGAGGCCCAGCUCUCCGGAUACGAGAUGUCGACUGACGCCAUCUCCACAAGAGGAGGAGGAGGAGAAGAGAGAGGCAUCUUAUCCUUCCGCCUUCAGGAGGGAGAGAGAAAAGGAGUCACCAGCAAGGGCAGAGAGAUGGAACGAGGGAGACUCCUCGGGGGAGAGGGAGGUGGCCAUCCGGCGCUCCGAUGAGAGAGACGUGGCCGGAAGGGCAAAGAGAGAUGUCCCAAGGGAGGCGGGACACUGGGACCAGAGUACUGGACAGAAACCAGAGAUUGAGCGAGAGACGGAGAGAUACUCGCCGACGGAGGGAGAAUCACCUUUGCCUUCUCCGAGAGAGAGGAGAGAAUCGGAUCGUCCUUCCAAGAGCAGCCGCUGGGACAAGACUACCGAAACACCCCGAGAGGUGGAGAGGGGGAGAGAGAGGGGCAGGGAAAGGUACUCACCUGUCUGGAGAGAGAGAACCACGCGGUCACCCUCUCCCCCAAGUCACAAGGAGAGGGAGAUUCCUGGAAGACCGAGAGGGAAAGAGAGGUACUCCCCAACAGAUAGGGGGCGGGUGACUCCAUCCCCAUCUCCUACGAGGGAGAGGGAGACUCUGGGAAGAGAGAGAGGGAAAGAGAGAUACUCCCCAACGGAGAGGGAGCGUGAGACUCCAUCCCCAUCUCCUCAGAGGGAGACUCUGGGAAAAGAGAAAGAGAGGUACUCACCAAUGGAUAGGGAACGGGAGACUCCAUCCCCAUCCCCUCCGAGGGAGGGGGAGACUCUGGGAAGAGAGAGAGGGAAAGAGCGGUAUUCCCCAACGGAUAGGAAGCGAGAGACUCCCUCCCCCUCUCCUCCGAGGCAGAGAGAGACUCGAGGGAAAGAGAGGUACUCCCCCACAGACAGAGAGCGGGAGACCCCAUCCCCCUCCCCUUCAAGGGAGAGGAGACUGACUCCGAAAGCUGUGGGGAGAGUGCGAGAAGGUGAACGCAGGGACCAGACACCAGGAUCGGAUCGAGGGAGAGAGGUGGGGAAGAAGGGUUCGGACAGAGGGAAAGAGAGGUACACCCCUUCAGGAAGAGAGAGGGUAACGCCCUCCCUCACUCCCCCGAGAGAAGAGAGAGCAAGCUCGCGUUCUUCAGCAAUAAGGAGAGAGAGGGAGUCCCCACCCCGGGCUGAGAGAGGCAGCGAGAAGUACUCUCCAAGUGAAAGGGAAAAAGAGAAGAGAGGAACAUCAGGAAGGGGUGCGGAGAGAUAUUCUCCAACAGAUCCCGAGAGGGGGGUGUCAUCCCCCUCUCCCCUGAGAGAGUGGGAUGUUCCCAAGACCUCCGGGGAGAUGGAGAGAGGAGAGUGCCGUUGGAACCAGGCUGGGAUGGACACUGGAAGGGAGAGGUGCCCUUCUAAAGAGAGGAGCGAGUCCCCGGAGGCAGCAGGCAGUGGGAAGGAGACGUACUCCCCAACAGAGAGAGAGAGACAAACACCCUCUCCCCCGAGACAGAGUCGAACCCCCUCCCCUCCGAGAGAGAUGAGGAUGGAGCGGCAGACACCCGUGGAACGGGAGAGGGAGGGAGGGAGUGCACCGUCCCAUUCUUCGGUGAUGAGGAGCGAAAGGGAGUCGCCGUCGCCCCAGAGGCCCGGAAGGGGGACAAAGAGCCACGCUGGGGGACCCAGUUUGCCAUCUCGCCGCUCCUCCUCGUCCUCCUCAUCUUCCUCCUCCUCUUCGUCUCCCUCUCCUGCUGCACAGGACCGGCCCCUCACUCCUCCACUGCAGUACCAGAAUCCCCCCAUUACCAGAAAGCCGUCUCCUUCUCCCAGUACCAGCCGAGUUACCAGAAAGCCCUCCCUGCCUCGCUCUCCUUCCCCCCAGCGCUUGCCAGUCUCCCAGUCGCGCCGAGACAGGGACAGGGACAGGGAGCGGGACAGGGACAGGGAGCGGGAUAGGGACAGGGACAGGGAGAGAGAGCGGGAGAGGGACAGGCAACGGGAUCGGGAGAAGGAGAGGGACAGGGAACGGGAUAGGGAGAGGGAAAGAGAUAGGGAGAGAGACAGGGAACGGGAGAGGGAGAGAAACAGGGACAGGGAAUGGGAGAGACAGAGGGAUAGGGACCGGAGGAGCUCUCCGGUUGUAUCCCGACGGGACAGGGACAGAGAGAGGGACAGGGAGAGGGACCGGGACUGGGAGAGGCGCAGGCGAAGGAGGACCCGCUCCAGAUCUCGGACCAGUAGCCGAUCUCGCUCGCGCCGUCCACGCAGCCCCCCCUACAGGUACCGUCUCUCGCCCUCCCGCCGCCGUUCCCCCUCUCCCUUCAGGAGAAGGAGAAGCAGUCGCUCCCUGUCCCGGGAGCGGGCGCGAGAACGGGAGAGGAACCGGGAAAGAGAGAGGGAGAGGGAGAGGGAGCGCCGCGCAAAGUCUCCCCCCAGAGCCCCCGAGCGCCGCGCCCGUUCCGCUUCCUCGUCUUCGACGUCGUCCUCCUCCUCUUCGUCUUCGUCCAGCUCCUCCUCCUCUUCCUCCUCCUCCUCCCCCCCUUCUCAGCCCCCCAGUCCUCCCCGCACCGGGGCCCCGGCGACGGAGGCGAACGGCCAUGGGGGCAGAGGGAGCGACGGGGAGAGGGAGGUGUCGGACAGAGGGCCGGCGCAAGGGAGCGAGGAGGGGAGCGAGCAAGGGAGCGACGCCAAGGUGGACACCCAGAGGGAAGAGCAGGACAGGCUGAGCCCAGCAGAGAGAGAGCACGCGCCCGACAAGGACAGAGAGAGGGAGGAGGGUAGAGAGCAGGACGUCUCCUCUCCCUGCCCGCUUAAGGAGGAAGAGGGAGAGAGAGCCGGGGGGGAGGCACUGAAGGAUCCCUCUCAGUCUUUCGGAGAGCAACAGCGGGAGGAGAGCGAGGAAAGAGGGGCGUCCAUUCAUCAGUCGCGUACCCCCUCUCCUUCCUCCGCAGGGGUUAGAGUGUACCCCGCCUCUCCAAGCACCCAGUCGCGUGCAGGUCCUGGUGAGUUAUCUCCCGGGAAACUGCCGGCCCCCAGCCGGAGGCGUUCCUGCUCCCCGGCUGUGGAACCCAGCUGCCGCCAAUCGCGAUCCAGGUCGCCAGCCCAGGAGCCCCGCGACAGCCAAUUGGAAAGGUCAUCUCCCAGAGGGGCGGGAGAAGCCAGCCAAUCACCUUCUGGGUUUGUCGUCAAGCCGGCCCCUGCCUCUGCCGCUGACCAAUCAGGACCAAAUUCUCCGGGUUCUGUGAGCCAAUCAUUGAAUGGGCCAGAGGAACAGGCCAAUGGGAGGAGAGAGAAGGAGGGACCUGGCAGCGAAGACAGCCAGUCGGAAAAACCUAAUGACAGGAAAGGGCAGGACAGUUCAUCAUCUUCGUCAUCUUCCUCCUCGUCAUCCUCCUCCUCCUCCUCCUCUUCUUCAUCCGACAGCUCUGACUCCGAGACAGAGGACAAAAGAGGGUCCGAGGGCGAAGCGGCCAACCAGAAGAAGGCAGGGAAGGCCUCGGGCUCCUCCUCUUCCUCCUCCGACUCCUCCUCCUCCUCCUCCGACUCAUCCUCCUCCGGGAGCGAGGACUCUCCCGCUGCAGACUCUGCGAAGUGUCCUCCCCGGCCCAGGGAGCCGGCCGAUUCCCUGCGGGACUCCCGCUCUCCCAGCUACUCCCCGCCGCUCCGACAGCGCAGGCCGGCGCCGUCCUCACCCCCCCCUCACAGGGGUCAGAGGUCAGACAGCCGGUCACCCAGCAAGAAACGCAGGAAAUAAGGUGCCGGGCGGGAAGGUGUCGACACCCGGACUCCCUCUCCCAACUCCCCCCCGCCCCCCCCAACUCUGUGGUGGUACAGCCCAGGACCUAGUCUGCAAGAUGCUCGUGGGCCGUCCCACUCUGGGUUGCUCGGGGGGGGGGAGGCGAGGGGAGUGGUACAAGGACACUGUUCCAAGAUGGAGGACUGAGAUGCUGACACUGGAGUUUGGGAAAGACGACGAAAGGAAGAGAAGAGCGAGCGAGAGAGAGAGAGACCCACCAGGAGGAGAGGCCGAUAUCCGAUUGUGACUUUUGUGCUGUUUUUGGAGGACGGAAAUGGUUCCCUUUUCGUUUUGUUUGUUCUGGGGAAGGUGGAGAGAGCGCGGUGUGCAGGCGGCGUUGACGCGGGGUUCGGAUGUGCGUGCCCACGCCGUACUGGGUCUUGAUCUGUGAAUUAUUUUUGGGGGGGAGGGGGGGCGCAGGGCAAGA